CAGUCACACAACAGAGCCGUGCAGCCGACUUCAUUCAAGCGUGCUAUUCGUUAACCCCACAAGGCUUCCGUAGUGUGGAUGCUGUGCUGACUGUUAGAAGAUGGCAGAACUAUCAACCCUAGAGAGCCUGUUGGAGAUGGGCUUCGGCAGAAACAGCGCGGAGAGAGCGGUGGCAAACACAGGGAACCAAGGGAUAGAGCGAGCCAUGGACUGGUUAGUGGAGCACGAGGGAGACCCCGACAUUGAUGAGCCCUACGUGCCCCCUGUGGGGGUCCCCCUUGGGGGUCCGGUGGGGGACCAGGCCAGUCCAGCCCAGCCCGCAGUAGCGGACACAGCUGAGGGGACGGACGUUUUAGACAUGGAACAGGAAAUCCAAGAUGGGGACACGAGGCGACCAAUGACGGAAGAGGAGAAGCGUGAGCAAGUGAAAAGGCUGGAGGACCUGAUGCGGCUGAAGCAGGCGGAGCGGCGGGAGCGGGAGCGCGCAGAAGAGGUGGAGCGGGAGAAGCAGAGGAGGAAGCACGGCCAGGAGCUGCUGCACAUCAAACAGAAGCUGCAGGACGACGAGCUCAAGAAGAUGGCCGACCUGCGAAGCCGCGAGAAGAUGGAGGACAAGAUGGCAAAGCAGAGGGUAAAAGAUAAGAUUGCACGAGACCGGGAGGAAAGAGCCAAAAAGUUUGGGGGCGGGUGCGCGCCCGCUGCAGAGUCGACCUCGGCCCCCGUGCAGCCCCCCCCCUCCUCACCAGUCGGGGGCCAGGGACCCCCGCCCACCAAGAAGGAGUACGACGAAUGUAGGAUACAGGUGCGCCUGCUUGACGGUUCGGCCCUCACGGCGGUGUUCAAGGCCCAGGAGCCGCUGGCUGCGGUGCGCGUCUACGUGCAGAUGAACGGCAACACGCCCGAGGGCCAGGACUUCACCCUGCUGUCGCCCUACCCCCGGCAGGUGUACACCGAGCUGGACAUGGAGAAGCCCCUCAAAGAGCUCGGGCUGGUGCCGACGGCCGUGCUGGUCGUCAUUAAGAAGUGAGCGUGGCAUCAGGAGAUGUGAUGUGAGCCUACCUCGCCAUGACUUCUGCUACUUCAAAAUAAGAGCCCAGAGGGAGGGGGGGGGGGGGGGGAGAAAUGGAAAGCAGAGUCAAUUGAGCCAAGCCUGCAUAUGGCACAUGGGGUGGAUUAUGGGGGGAAGCUGCAUUAGCACACCAAUCAACCAGUUGUUUUAACGAUGAGGCGGUGUAGUCUGUACUCGGGACUGUAGAAGUCCUCCCUUUUAUCAGAUGGCCGUGACAAAAAUAAAGACUAAAUAGGGGGAAGUGUGAACAUUUUAUUUCUUGAAAUACUACAAUGCGUGUGAAGUUGAAGUAAGAAACUAUUGAACAGUGAUUGAUUGCUACGCUAUGUAGCGCUCCACCCCAGAACAUAAAAAGGACAUUUAUAAAACACUAAACCUGGUGUUGUACCUUAUAGCCUGAACCUUUCACAGCGUGGUUCCCUCAAACAUCAUUAGUCAUGACACAGGGCCGUCUCGGGCCCCACCUGAUCCUCCUUAUUCUGUGAUAUCCUUUGCCAGAUGUUUUUAUAUAUUCACAGGAGUUUUGAUUUAUGUCCAUGCUGCCACCAAGGACCCGCUUCAAAUAAAUAAACAAAUGCCUGACUGAA